UAUCCAGAAGACAAAAAGAAAAUAUGUCCACAAAUUUUGAUCUUAUCAAUUAUUCUAUCCUUUGCCUUGCUUUCUUCUUCACCCUCAAGCUCUUUCUCCAAAACAGGAGAUUCAGAAAUAUCCCACCAGGCCCUCCUUCUCUUCCCAUACUCGGCAAUCUUCACCAGCUCAAGAAACCAUUUCACCACCACUUUCAUCGCAUUUCCCAACACUACGGCCGAAUCUUCUCUCUCUGGUUCGGCUCUCGUUUGGUCGUCGUCGUCUCGUCGGCCUCCGCAGUUCAAGAAUGCUUCACCAGAAACGACAUCGUUCUGGCCAACCGCCCGCGGUUCCUCGCCGGCAAACAUGUCGGCUACAACUACACCACCGUUGCCUUCGCCCCGUACGGCGACUACUGGCGCAACCUCCGCCGCAUUGUGGUGCUCGACGUCCUCUCGACGCACCGUCUCAACUAUUUCAUGGACAUGAGGAGGGACGAGAUGAAGCGGCUCGUUCAAAAGCUGGCUCAUGAUUCCGGCGAGGGUUUUGCGAAGGUGGAGCUUAGAUCAAGGUUUUCUGAGCUGACGUUCAACACUAUGAUGAGAAUGAUAUCAGGGAAGAGGUAUUGGGGAGACGAUAGUGAAGUCGGGGACGUGGAAGAGGCAAGAAAGUUCAGAGAGAUGAUAAAGGAAUUGGUGAAGCUAGGAGGAGCAAAUAACCCUGGAGAUUUCUUGCCGAUAGUUAGAUGGUUUGAUUUGGAUAAUUUGGAGAAGAAGCUUAAGAGUAUUAGCGUCAGAUUCGAUGCGUUUUUGCAAGGGCUCGUUGAUGAGCAUCGAUAUGGGAACAUAAGUGGAAAUACUCUGAUAAAUCACCUCUUGUCUCUACAGAAAUCACAGCCUGAGUAUUAUAGGGAUCAAAUUAUCAAAGGCCUCGUUUUGGUAAUGCUUAUUGCUGGAACUGACACAUCUGCUGUAACUUUAGAGUGGGCAAUGUCUAGUUUACUGAACCAUCCACAGAUAUUGAGAAAGGCAAGGCAAGAAAUAGACAUACAAAUAGGGCAAGAACGCUUGGUUGAUGAACAAGACGUUUUGAAACUACCAUAUCUUCAGAACAUUGUCUCUGAGACAUUUCGGCUACAUCCUGCAGCGCCAUUGUUGAUACCUCAUCUAUCCUCAGAAAACUGCACCGUAGGAGAUUACAGCAUCCCAAGUGAUACCAUGGUGUUGAUUAAUGCUUGGGCCAUUCACAGAGAUCCUCAAUUGUGGAGUGAUCCUUUGAGUUUCGAGCCUGAAAGGUUUGAGAAAGAAGGGCAAGCUAACAAGUUGAUUCAAUUUGGAGUUGGAAGGCGAGCAUGUCCUGGGUCAGGCUUGGCACAGCGCACAGUGAGCUUGGCUUUGGGAUUAUUGAUUCAGUGCUUUGAAUGGGAACGAGCGAGUGAGGAAGAAAUUGAUAUGACAGAAGGAUCAGGACUUACCAUGCCAAAACUUGUUCCUUUAGAAGCCAUGUGUAAAGCACACCAACCCCUCAUUAGCAAGGUUCUUUCUGAAAGUGUUGUUGAAAUGACAUAGAUGACGGAGUGGUGUGUGUAUUGGUCUAUAUUAGCAUUUUAGAGUUUAGUACUCCUCCCGACUCAUUUUUAAUUCAUAAGACACUUUUACGAGAAAGAAAUGAGGGAGGGAUUAGUAUAUUAGUGUAUAUUGGUAUUUUUGCCUUCAGUAUAUAUUAUUGUAAUAAAUAAAAGGUAAAAGUGCAGUUUUAAUGA